AUGCCGUCUCAGUACUCGAAGCAAAUGUCGGCCUCUGGUAUGCAGGAGAUCGAUCCUCCAACCAGCAAGGAGCUGGACGAUGCCAAUUUGGCACGGAUGGGAAAGCGUCCUGUCCUCAAGCGUAACUUUGGACUGAUGUCUAUGCUUGGAUUCAGUUGCACAAUUCUGAUUACCUGGGAAGGAAUUGUCGUGCUAUUUUUGCAAGCAUAUCAGAAUGGUGGCCCAGCUGGUGCCGUAUAUGGAUUUCUUUUUGUGUGGGCAGGUGUCGCAGCGACUUUUGUGAUUCUGUCUGAGUUGGUCUCAAUGGCCCCGACAUCUGGAGGCCAGUAUCACUGGUGUUCAAUGCUAGCACCUCCAUCUUGGAUGAAACUAAUGAGCUACUUGACGGGCUGGCUCACGGUCAUUGGAUGGCAAGCAACUUUCGCAACCUCUUGUUAUCUGGUCGGUACCUUGAUUCAAGGCUUGAUCGCAUUGACAAAUAGUGACUACAUCCCUAAGAAUUGGCAUGGAACUCUUCUAUACUGGGCUGUCGUUGUAUUCUCUGUCGGCAUCAACAGCGUCGGGGGCAAAGUCCUUCCCCGUUUCGAAGGAAUGAUUCUGGUCCUUCAUAUUCUGGGCUUCUUUGCAAUUCUCAUCCCCCUGACCUACAUGGCUGACCAUGGCAGCGCCAAGGAGGUUUUCACUGAGUUCCUUAAUUUAGGAGGGUUCCCAACUCAGGGGCUUUCCUUCUUUGUUGGAACCGUCGGUUGUAUAUUUGCAUUUGCAGGUGGUGAUGCCGCCGUUCAUAUGUCCGAGGAAAUCACGAAUGCCGCAGUCGCAGUCCCGCGCUCAAUCAUGCUCAGUAUCCUGAUCAACGGAUCCAUGGGAUUCGGCAUGCUGAUUGCCAUGCUCUUCUGUAUGGGUGAUAUUGAAGCAGCCCUCGAGUCACCUACGGGAUGGCCCUUCAUGGCCAUUUUCCAACAAGCUACAGGCUCUACAGCUGGUACUGCUGUCAUGGCUUCCAUCGUGACCACCAUGGGCGCGACUACCUCAGUUGGCAUGCUAGCGUCUACAUCCCGCCAGUUCUGGUCAUUUGCUCGCGACCGAGGUGUUCCUGGUUGGAGAAUGUGGAGUCAGGUCACCGAAAAAUCAGCCGUACCAUUGUACUCUGUCGUUCUGACAUCCGUGGUCGCUUGCCUCUUGGCCCUUAUCAACAUCGGUUCCCCAGUCGCUUUCAAUGAUCUAUGCUCCAUGUCGAUCUCGGGACUUUACUUGUCCUAUAUGGUUGUCGGCAGUCUUCUUCUCUGGCGCCGUUGUACUGGGGGUAUCAGCUCCAAGCGCAGCAGCGACUCGGCUGUCGUCAACACCGCGGGCGCAAAGCUUGUUUGGGGUCCGUUCCAUAUUCGCGGUAUCUGGGGCAUUCUGAUUAACGUGUGGGCUUUGAUCUAUAUGACCAUUGCUGUGUUCUUUACCUUCUGGCCAACAAGCUGGGUGGUGAAUGUCCAGACCAUGAACUUCAGUGUGGUUGGAACGGUAGGAACUAUUCUCCUCAGCCUUGUGUACUACUUUGUUCGUGCACGAAAGGUAUAUAGCGGACCUGUUAUGGAAAGUGUUUUGUAA